AUGUCGGAAGCCAAGGGCACACGGCAAUCACGUGCAGCCAAUGACGUGCAACCAGAGAAACCAAGGGCUGCCCCCUGGGGCAUAUCAUCAAAAAUACAAGACACCAUUGCAAUAAGUACCCUUAUCGAUCAAGGACCUCCUGCAAGGUAUCAGCUGGUAACAAAGAAACAGAGUCUAGAUAAAGACCAAUUCAGAAGAUGGACCUUUGGAGAGAGAGAUCCCAGUAAGAUCAACAAAACAAUACUGAUGGUGGGAGAGACCGGAUCAGGGAAGUCAUCUCUGAUCAAUGCCAUGGUCAAUUAUGUCCUGGGUGUAGAGUGGAAGGACAAAGUUUGGUUUGAGAUCAUUGAAGAUGAAAAAAGAAGUCAGACUGAAAGUCAAACUACAGCGAUCACUGUUUAUGAGGUAUUUGGAUGUGAGGGCCUGAGAGUCCCCUACUCUCUCACCAUCAUUGAUACUCCUGGGUAUGGAGACACCAGAGGGAUCCAAGAAGACAAACUGAUCGCUGAAAAACUGUUGGAGUUGUUUAGGUCUACAGAUGGGAUUCAUGAAUUUGAUGCUGUGUGUUUAGUGGUGAAGGCAUCUGAGAAUCGACUCAGUGAGAGACAGAAGUAUAUCUUCGAUGCAGUUUUGUCUUUAUUUGGCAAAGACAUGGUAAAGAACAUUGUAGCCCUCAUCACACACUCAGAUGGUGGGGAACCUACUAAUGCUCUGAAUGCCCUGGAAGUAGCAAAGGUCCCUGGUGCCAAAAAUGAGAAGAAUCAACCUGUUCAUUUCCUAUUCAACAACCGUAAACUUAAGGCUAAUUGUGAAACAGAGAAACAGGCCAAUAUAGAAGAAUCAAUCAUGAACACUGCAUGGAAAACAUCACAGAACGGCAUGGAGGAAUUCACAGAGUUCCUGGGUAGAAUAACACCUCAAAACGUGAAGAUGAGUGAAAGAGUUCUGAGAGAGCGCAAACAGCUAGAAGCAUGUGUCAGCAACUUGCAGGGAAAGAUUGAAAUGAUUGACCUGAAGCAGAAUGAAAUCAAGCAGACUCAAGAAGCCCUGGAGAAACACAAGAUAGACAUGGACAAAAACAAGGACUUUUCAUACACUGUUGAAGAGUCUUACAAAGAGAAAGUCCCAAUAGAAUCAUCAUGGUGGCAUUUAACUCAACGGGCUACCAUCUGCGAUGUCUGUGAGGAGAACUGCCACUAUCCAGACUGCUGGUGGGUCAACGAUAUCUCAUGGUGCAGUGUGAUGAAGGAGUCCAAAUGCACUGUGUGUACUGGCAAAUGUCCCUCCUCCAAGCAUGUCAAAGAAAAUAAAAUAUAUGUUGGAAAGACAAAGAAUGUUACAACGACAUAUGAGAAUUUGAAAAUAAAGUAUGAAAUCAAUGAGAAGGCGGCUGGGGAGAAAGGGAAUGUGCUCACCAGACUUCACAUGGAGUUAGAGCAGGUCACACUCCAGAAGGUCAAACUGGUGGAGGAAUCCUACCAGUGUGUCAUCAAACUGGAAGAGAUCGCUUUGAAGGCCAUCUCACUGUCCGCUGCUGUGCAUCUUGACUUCCUGAUUGACAAGAUGAAGGAGACAGGAAACACAGAGAAGGUUCAGAAACUGGAGGAGAUGAAGAAGAGACCUAAGGAGGAACACACUUGCGAACACCCACACAUAUGA